AUGUUGCAUCCUAAAAACACUGAGAUAUAUUUCACGCUCAACACUGGGGCAAAGAUGCCGGCCCUGGGGCUUGGAACGGCCAACGAAAUUGAGCAAAUCCCUGAAACUAAACAGGCUGUAAAGGCCGCAAUCAAAUCCGGCUACAGACUUAUCGAUACCGCGUGGGCGUACCGGUGCGAAGAUCGUGUAGGUGAAGCGUUGAAAGAACUUUUUGAAGAGGGAGCUAUCAAACGGGAGGAUAUUUUCAUCACAACCAAGGUCUGGCCCACACACUGGGAUAUUGCGUCCGACUCCAUUUCCCGAUCGCUGGAGAACCUUGGAGUUGAGUACGUCGAUCUGGUCCUUCAACACUGGCCUUUGUGCUUCAACAGAGUGGAAGAUAAAGACGGCGUCGAUGGCAUCGCGAGAAAUCCAACGCACCUCGAUGGAUCCGCAAAUAUCAAUGAGGAAGGGGAUUACCUGUCAACCUAUAAACAACUCGAAAAAAUGUAUCUAGCCAAGGAUCCUCGUUUCAAAGCUAUCGGUGUCUCCAACUACCCUCUGGAUUACUUGCAAAGGCUGCUGAAGGAGUGUAGAGUUGUGCCUGCUGUGAACCAGGUCGAGAUUCAUCCUCAGCUGCCUCAAAUGGAGCUACGCGAUUUUUGCACAGAGCACGGAAUCCGUCUAGAGUCAUACUCGCCCUUUGGUGCUACCGGCUCGCCUUUGACUAAAAACGCUUUGAUGCAAAAGCUAGCAGAGAAGUACUCUUGCACGCCGAAUGACAUUCUUCUGGCGUACAACAUCAGACAAGGCGUAGUCACUGUUCCACGCUCGGUCAAUCCCAAGAAUAUUGUAGCCAACAUUGAGUUCAUUUCCCUAACGAAGGAGGACUCCUCUGUUUUGAACAAAUACGGCCUGGAGAACUCUCAACGCUUUAGGAACGAAAAGUUUGCAGAAUCGAUACCUGGCUUCCGGGAGAAUUAG